AUGAACAACGACCCACCAGCCGAUGGUUCAGCCCCCGCCGCUGUUCAGCACGACGGCAAUGCGCCCGCUCCGGCGUCCAUGACACACUCGCCGGAAGGCGAAUCCCAGCCCGCCCUCGCAGCUACCGCAGAGCCGGGCGCAGCAGCAAACAGCAGCCCCGCAGAGACCCAGCCUCAGUCACAACCAAGCUCGACUGGCCAAGCAGAGCAUUCGGCGGUUGCUGAUGAGGUAACCUCUCCCGCCACCAAGGGCGAAGACGGCCUGAAGGGCGCGGGAGGGAGCGUCACGGCGGAAGCAGCAGCCACGGCGGACGCAGGCGAUGGGAGAGGCCAACAGUUCUCGUCGCAGACCGAUGGCGGCGCCCAGGCCGCGGCGGUGGCCAGCUCCAAUUCCGAAUCAGGGGCAGCCACUGCCAACGGGUCGGCCGACAAGGACGAAGGCGGACACGGCACCGGCACCGCCACAGCCACAGCGUCGUCCAGUCCGCCGCUGCCUUCGACGGGGGCGGCUCACCAGUCAGCCUCGGCGCAUGGGCUGCAUGCCAAGAAGUUCACCUCCCUCAACGUCAACAAGCGCUUUCUUGAAAAGGCGAGUCCCUCGCCGGGAUCCGCGUCUCCUACCGCCACCAAGCUCGGUGGUCCUGCCUCGCCCAUGUCGGCAGGUGCUUCGUUGGUCCGGCUAUCGUCCCCGUCGUCAGCGUCGCGCCUCACCUCGGCCAAGCUUUCGAGCGUACCAAAGCCGCAACCGGCAGGAUGGGCCACCAAGACGCCCCCCACAGCGGCAAAGAUGAGCCCUUCCCCGAGUGCCGGCUCCACCGCUUCGGCAACCGCCGCCGCGGGACCGCUCCCGUCCGAGGCAUCCGCUCCGGCUACGGCCCCUCCUGCGGCUGCGGCACCUAGCCCGAAACCGGCGAGCUCCAAUGCUGCGACGCCGAUCGCAGCCGCUCCGCCCACGCUGCAGGCGCUGCCGCCGAGCGCCCCUUCGCCGCGGCUAGUCACAAUGGCCCGUGACCAUUCGCCCAGACCGAUGUCGGCGGGUCUCGAGUCCGGGUCCGCUCAGGGGCGAGCGAGUCCUGGCCUGCGCAACGCCGCUCUGGGCUCUUCGGCGACGAGAGCGGCGAGCCCGGCGAGCGCCAGCAAGGCGCCCUGGGCCAAUCUCAAGGCGACGACCGCCUCGAGCCUCACCGCGUCGAAGCGGCCCGGUUCGAUGCUCUCCGACUUCCCGACGGCGGCCGAGGCGGCAAAGGCCAAGGAGGAGCAGGAGGCUAAGGCGGCUGCCGCUGCCGCACGCGAGGCGGCCAGACAGCAGGCCGCGCUGCAGAACCUGGACCGCUUCCGUGGCACUGCCCUCGGCUCGGGCAAGCACUGGGACGAGAUGGAGGACGAGGACCUGGGCGAGGUGGUCGAGUUCGCCGACGGCACGCAGUACAAGAUCCCGACGCAUACCGACGGGAAGGACGACGGCCAUGGCGGCGCGCCGGUGAGCAAGGAGGACCGCUUCCGGGACGUCAGCCACGACCGCAGCUGGCCGCCCAGGCCUACUGCGGCGUCUGCGGCGACCGGCGGCGACAAGCCUCGAAGCGCCCAGCCGCCUGCCUGGGGUCCCCAGCGAGCGUCGAGGGAAGCCCUCUCGCAGGCGGCGCCUUCCUCGGAGAACCCACAACCUUCUUACCGCUCCCACGGCAAGCCUGAAAAGGUCAUCAUCCCCUUGAGUGGAGCAUCAGUCUCGCUCCGAUCGCCCACCGAGGCGAGGGAGCCCUCCUAUGGCGGUUACGGAUCCCGCGAACAGCGGCGGCCGCCGAUGUCGUACGGCCAGCCGCACCGCAACGAGGCGCCGAGCGGCGCACCUGCGGCCGUCGAGUCCGCCACACGGGCCGCGAGGGCCUGGGGACCCCUGGCUCAGCGUCAGGCAUCGCUCAACCCGGGCGCAGCGCCGCCGCCCGCCGCAGCCUCUGCAGGCCCCACACCUGUCCGCCCUUCGGUGGUGGCGUCGUCUACGCCUGCAGCACCUGCCAAGGCUCCGAGCGCCAGCGUGCCUGCUGCCGCCGAGGGCGCACAGGCUACAGCACCGGCUUCUGUCGCUGUCCCAUCCAUCGAUGCCAACGCCGCCGCCCAGACGGCAGCAUCAGCACGCUCGCCGGCGGUCGCCACUGCGGCGGCGCGAGCUCCAUCCCACGUCAACCGACCCCUUCCUCCCCAUCUUGCACAGGCGGGUGGUGGCGCCGUUUCCGCUCGUGCGCCUGCGAUGCAGCCCCAAGAGGUCCCUGUGCCUCGAGGUCGCACCUCCUUCUCGCCACCGGUCGAGACCCGCAGGGCGGCCCCGGCAGAACCGGCUCCUGCACCCGCACCCGCGCCCGCGGCGACAAGACCCGGAUGGGGCCCUCGUGCCGCCCAGAGAGAGGCAGCGGACAGCGAAGGCGCCUCGGGCAGGCCUCCUGUCGCUGCCGCUGCCGCGCUGGACUCGAAAGAGGAGAUGCAGAGAGCAAUCGAAAGGGCUCGUAAGCGGCGGGAGGAAGAGGAGGCAGCUCGUCAGGCGGAGAAGGAGCGGGCGAGGCAGAAGGCACUGGCCAUCGAAGAGAGGCUCAAGGCAGAGGCAGCCCAAAAGGCAGCGGCAGCAGAGGAAGAGCAGCGUCGCUCCGCCGAGAGCAUCCAGAGCAAGCGUGCCCAGCCAGCCACUCGCCCGGGUGCGACCGAAGAUCGCGGUAUGGCGUCGACGAGGCAGGGCGCUUCGGCGACUUAUGCCUCUUGGCGCAGCCCCAAAGAGGCGGCAGACUCUCAGCGCAGGUCAGAUGUCCAGCGCUCGUCAGUGCCAGCGGCACCUGGCGCCGAGGCGCCGACGCAGGGAGACGUCUGGCGACCGCGAGCCUGGCGGCAAGCGCGACCCGAAGGCGAUGCGCACUUCCCCGCCGAGCCACAGUCCGUCGGUCAACAGCACUCGCAACAGCUGCAGCAGCCGCAGGCGCAGCAGCAGCAGCAGCAGCGACGAGGACUGCCGCCGAUGCAGGCCCAGAACGGCGCGACAGACCAAGCGUCGUUCACGCGCAAGCUGCCUCCCCACCUGGCUGGAGGCUCGCAGGUGCCACCACCAAGGGCUGAACCCCCUCAUCUCCGACGACAGGUAGCUCCAAACGAUCCCGACGGCCGCGCCGCAUCGUCUUGGCGGACCAGCCGAGGCGUUGGCGAAGGGCAAGCUGUCGGCCUAGGCAGGAGGCCCGCUGUGCUCGAUGAGCGGCCCGGACCCAGCGCUCCGGUCGAAGCACCGCAGCUCUCGCCGCAGGCGGGUCGAAGCAUGCUCGCACCGCCUGGCCGCCAGCCGCCGCCGCCCCUGGGCGACGAGAGGCAGGCUGCUCUGAACCACUCUGCUCAGGGCCAGCUUGCCGAGGCCGCUCGCUUCCCGGGCAACGAGGGCGCCGCUUCCAACGUACCCAAGGUCAUCCUUUCGCGCGACGCUGGCCGCGCGAACGCCGAACAACGGCAGAAGCAGCCCUCCUCCGCCAACAACAAGCAAGGAGAGGUCCAGACGGAGCCGCCGCAACCAGCAGGCCGGGGCUCUGGGCGUGAGAAGAAGGCUAGGCAGCAGCAGCAGCAGCAGCAAGAGGCGAUCAAUGGCGCGGCUGCCCAACAGCAGCCCAAGGCGCCAGCUGAUGUUGCCUCAUCCGCCAAGCCGCGAAUCAGCGUGCCGCUGGUCCCAACCGAGAAGCCCACGACGCGCGACGAGGCACCGGCCGAACGGCCCCCCGUCUGGAACCGAUACACGAUCUCGAUCCGUCCUUCGGAGGCGAAGGCCAAGCCCAACCGUGCCCAGCAAAAGGCGCAGGCUGCUCGAAUCGCCAGCAUGAGCCAGCCGGUCCGGCCCGUGUAUCCGCUCACCUGGGAGCCGCCGAUGACGCAUCUCUCGAUCAAGACGCUGUCCCGCGACGACCAGUUUUUCCCGAAAAAGUACCACCGGGGCACGGUGAUCACCACCGUCAGCCUGCCAUCGAGGACGCUUCCCCGCGGCCUGCCCGCCAUCGUCUUCGCGACGCCUGCCAGCAGCGACAGGCUCACUGCCAACGGCGUUCGCAAGCAGGCACGUUUCGACGCCUCUCCGGUCCAGCAAGCUGGCCUGCCGAGCGUGCCACGCGGACCUGCAUCGGCCUCUUCUCCCUCGAAUCCGCUCGUCUCGGCCCUGGCGAAUCCACAGCCGCCGUCAUCGGCAUCGCCUGCGCAGCCGAAGGCGGCCCUCAACGCGCCACCUAUCCAGGUGCGGUUGCCCGGUCAUAGCACCGUCAACCCUGGUGCAGUGGGCCAGCCCGCAUCCUCAGCCGCUUCUGCCAAUGCGAACCCGAAGCGCGUCGCCCCCGGCUCGCAACGCUCGCGCGAGGACAUCGGCGCCGGGUCUGCACCCCAAUUCGCCGACCUUCAAGCCAAGGCCGACAUCCGCAGCCCGUUCCGCGCUGCGCUGAGCGCCGCCACAUCUCAGGCUUCGCUCGGUCCCCUGGACCACCCGCGCAACGGCGUCGACGGGAGUGCUGGCUUUGGCAGCAGCGGGCUUGGCGCGCAGCCGGGUGCCGGCUUCCGCCAGUCGCAGCGGCGCAACUCGAACACGCCGGUCGCCUUCUACAACGAUCGCCAGGUCAACACUCCGUCGCCCGUUUCGUUCAUGGUCAACAGUGAGAUCAAGUCCGACCUCAAUACCGGCGUCGGCGGCGGCGCGGGCCUGUCCCCCUACGUCAUCGGAGGCUCCGGCAGGAGCUCCAGCUCGCACACGCCCGGCACUCAGCAGAACUCGAUGCUGCCGUCGCCCAGCCUAUCGACGACGGCGACGUGGGGCCAGAGUUCGCUGACGUUCCCGGUCAUUGAGCCGCGGUCGGCCAACAGCGCGGAUCGCGACCACAUCAAGAAUGUAUGGUCGCUGCCCACGGGCAACGACCGCAAGGAGACGCAGAACUCGCUUCGGGACAUUGGCGACGAUUUCCUCCCGUCCACGAUGCCGCUCAGCGUGCACGACUUCCGCACUGACGAGGUUGCGACGCCCGAUGCUGCGCGUGCGCAGGAUCGGAGUCGGGCCGCCACUCGGACCGAGGCUGGCUUUGGCGGAGGCGCCGGAGGCUAUCCGCGUUACGACCAGCAGGGGCCUGCGGAUGGUGCAGCUCAAGGUGCAGACCUCUCGCCCGUGGCUGCUCGGACCAACGGCUUCGACCCGACCACGCGGAGCCCUUCGCUCGACAUCGCCUCGCCGUCGGGCGCUCAGUCGCGUGCGCCGGGUGCCGGUGGCUCCCAUUCGCAGGGCUCGACGCCGCAGCACCGCGCCACCUCUGCGUUCAUGCCGAUGCAGCCCGCCGGAGCCAACGCCAUGUCUUCGCCGACCCUGCAGCACUAUGGCGCCUCGACAUCUCCGUCUGCGACGAUGCAUGCGCACGACCGGGGUCAGAACCCGUCCUCUUCGAGUGCGGCUGCUGCUGCGGCCGCCGCCGCCCGCAACGCUUUCGGCGCCUACGGCGGCUACGCGCCCAGCCACAAUGGUCUGGCAGGUGCCGGCGGCAGCCCCAACAUGCAAGCGUACGGCGGCGGCACUUCGAUCGGCUCGAUGCAGGGCCGGGCCACUCCAUUCACAUCCUACAAUGCUCACGGCACCGUCAGCUCGGCGCCGGUGUCGCCGUACAACGGCAUGGGUCGACUUGCCUCGCAAUCGCAGGCCGUGUCCGGCCAGCACUCGCACAGCGCUGGAGGCUACUCCCUCUUUCCGAGCGCUGCGCCAUCUGCCCGUGGCGAUGCCAGCGGCAGCAGCGGAAACUCGUCGGUGGCAGGCCUUGGAAUGCUGGAGGGUGCCAGCCUAGCCAGCGAUCCCAUCGGCUACGGUCGCACCCAUGCUCAGGGCGGAUCGCACCAAGGUCGCCUCCAGGGCCAGCAGCACUCCCAGCUGCAUCACCACCAGCAGCACCAGCAGCAGCAUCAUCCGCACCACUCGCAACACCAUCACCACCAUCAUCACCAGCCGCAGCACCACACGCAGCACGCCCAGCAGCAGCAGCAGCAGCAGCAUGGCCAGCAGCAACAACAAGUGGGCGAGCUGAGCAACGCCGAGGACCCGUAUGCCGGCUACCACGCCGGGCAGUGGUCUUCAAACGCCAUGUCGGGAAGCGGCGCGGGCUACGCUCAUCCGUCGCAGAGCGGCGCCCCUCGCACCUUCCACCAGCAGGUUCGCCAGCAUGCUCCGGGCGUGUCGACGAUGCAUCCGUCGCAGGGCAGGCAGCCGAGCCAGCAGCAGCAGCAGCAGCAGCAGCAGCAGCAGCAGCAGGCGCAGCAGCAGCAGGUCUACGGCGGCGGUCAGCAAUACGUCGCGUACAGCAGCGGCGCUUUCGACCCUACCUCGAACCUCUGGUAG